AUGCAAAGGAGUAAGAAAGUUGUGUGCUUGUUGGGCAGUACUGGGUUCUUGGGCACGACAAUAGUGAAGAGAUGGCAUAAAAGUCCGAGCUUUAGAGCGAAAUAUGAAAUUAGAGCGAUUUAUAGAGGAGAAAAAAGCAAUUGGCCUAAGGUAUUUAAUAGAGUAUUCACUGAGGAGAGAAAAAGUAUGGAAGAAGAUGAAGAAGAGAGUCUUAUUAAUACGCAGAGUUACAAAGGAGAUCUAGACAGAUUCGCUGAAUUCUGUAAACCUAUAUCCGAUAUAAAUAACAAAGAUGAUCUCAAAAGGGUAAUCCAAGGUAGCAACUUUGUUAUCCAUUGUGCAGGGUCAUAUCCUGAGAAAUGCGAAGAAGAUAAAGAUGAGCUAGAGAGAACAAACGUUCAAGGUCUCGAAACAGUGCUAGAAGUGUGACUUGAAAUUAAUGAAGAAAGCGGAGCCCCUGCUGUUCCAAGAAUAGAAAGACUCAUCUAUACCUCUGAUUUAUCUACUAUUGUGGAUUAUGAUAAUUUUGAAUCAUUUACAGAAGAAUCUCCUCUAAUAGAUCUAAAUUCUAAACUAAUUACCGAAUAUACCAGAUCUAAGAUCAGAUGUGAGAAGCUAUUAGAGCAUAUUGGAGAUGAAGAGAAAGCAGAGGCAUUGCCAGUUGUGAUCCUUAGGCCUGCUAAUAUGAUUGGAAGGUUUAUAGUUGAGAAGAAGUUCACAUCAGGAGAGUUUAUGAAGAAAAUGCUGUAUGGCAUGUUCCCAGGUGUUCCAGAUAUAGAAAUACACCUAGUUCAUGUAGAUCAUGUGGCAGAUGCUCAUCUCUGAGCCCUGGACUCUCGUAAGGUUCCAGCUAAUAGAGCAUACUGUCUUUACGAUGGCAAGAUCAAGAGUGAUUAUAUUUAGCGAGUAUGCCAAAAGUUGAGAUUGGCAAGAAAAUAAAAGAAAGUAAGAAAUAUGAGGGGUUUCAUCCCUCGUGUCUCAGCAUAAGCAAGUUAACAUGCAGACUGGCUUCCAUUUUUGUACCAGAAGCUAAAGUAAUUCUGAAGAAAUGGGGGAAAAAGCUAGAACCUAAUUUUGCUGUAUCAGACAGAGUAUUUGCAAGCUGCAAAGUGGAUUCUGAAAGAGCAAUCAUUCAGAUGUGCGAUGAUAUAAUAGAGUCAAAUUAAUUCAACCUA